UGUAUGUUGUGGAAAGUAGUGAGUGACUGUCCAGCCUGCUAUCACAAGCCUCCUUUAACCUAUGUGUGUGUGUGUGUGUACUUCACCAGCCAAGCGAAGGAGUCUAGAGUACCUAAGCUCACCAACUCAAUAUAAUUAAGGCGCGCUGACUGACCAACUUUCAGGCCAAGGUUACUGUGCGGGAUAAGUCGCCCUGCCACUAUGUUUGAGCCACCACACCCGCCUGUACACGUUCCUACACACCAGAUUUCUGAUCCCACUGUUGGUGUGGACUUCUUUGCACGACUCAUAGAGGUGUCAGAUGGUACACGAAUAAAACUACAGCUCUGGGAUACAGCCGGCCAGGAAAGGUUUAGGUCCAUCACACGUACUUACUACCGCAACUCUGUGGGGGCUCUGGUGGUGUUUGAUGUGUGCAACAAGAAGUCCUUGGAACAUGUGCCCAUGUGGAUCAUGGAGGCAAAGAGACACAUUGAACCACAUAAAGCUGUCUUCAUUCUGGUUGGGACUAAGAUUGACAUGGAAGAUGAGCGGGAGGUAAGAAGGGAGGAUGCAGCAGCAUUAGCCAAGUUCUAUAACAUCAGCUACAUUGAGACGAGCUCCAUGCGAGGUGUCAAUGUGGAGGAGGCCUUUCGUACCAUCACACAGGAAGUGUAUGAUAAGAUCCAGUCUGGAGAGUUCAGAGUAGAAGAAGGUUGGGAUGGGAUCAAAACCGGUUUCUCCCGUCCAAACCACUCCUACCCCCUGAUGGAAGCUGAGCCUGAGAAGUCUGGAUUCUGCUGUUAAGGAAGAAGCAGAUCCAUUCAUUUGUGUGCAUGUGUGUUGAUUCUGGUGUAUAGUUUAUUAUGGAGGGAACGGUUUGUUGUGACAGGGUAGGGAGGGAGGGAGGGAGAAAUGAGUGAGUGUGAGAAAUUUUUGGCAGUCUGCUGCAUUCGUCUUUCACCAGAUCAAUUUGAAAAUAAGAUACCAAAGGAACUCAUGUCUAGUCCUGUCCAAUCCUAUGCUACAAAUGUGAUUUUUUUAAUGGAAUUUUUUAUUAAGGCUACCAUUGUUGUUGGAGACUAGUUAGAGUUUUAUGCUAAUUUAUAUGGUAAGGGCAGACUAGUGUAAUUCUGAGAUGUACCUAUAUGUUUGCUGUGGCAUGUUUCCUUUAAAGCAUAAAGGAGUUUUCAGGCUGGAAAGGUGUACUUUAAAGACAUUCAUCAUGCAUUGAAUGUAUGGUUCCAGAAUUUACCUCCUUGGUUUCUUUUCUUUGUGUGUAUAUAAUGUACAUGUAUUUAUAUACAUAUUAUAUAUAUAUAUAUUUAUACAUAUCUGUAUUACUCUUAAGAUAUCAUUACAAUACAUAACACAAAUGAACCUAUUUUUGCAUGUCUUUACUCUUUUUCAGAACAGCAUUUGUUGUACAUGAGUGCAUCUACUAUUUUUUGGCACAAGACUUAAUAUGUGCAUUUAGCUGUUCUCCACACAUGCUUCUUUCUUAUUAAGUAAACUUUGUACACCCAAUCAUUAUGCAAGCUAUUCCUGUUAAUGUGACAUCUUUUAUGCCUAUUUUAGAUUAGUUUCAUUGAUUUUCACAAACACACACACACACACAUGCACCUAUGCAAGCCUAUGUAAAAAUGGUCUCAUUAAUUUAAGCACAUGCCCACAUUUAUUUUAUCAUAAAAUUACACAUGCAUAAAGUGACAAGAAUACUCACACAGAGGUAUAAACUGAAAUCUUUUGAAGCAUUAAGGAGGGCACAACAUUUUCUAUCCUUAACAUAAAUAUGAUAUUUUGCAAAUAUGAAAUUUUCAAGUUCCAUAUUAUUUCAAGAGUUAUUUCAUCUUACAUUUAUUUUUGGAUGCUCUUAAGAGAAACUGUUACUGCAAUGAGUUGUGUAUUUAUUGUACUAAGUUCAAAAAUGUACAUAGAUGUUGUAAAUGUGAUGCUUGCUAUACUGCUUGAGAGAACCCUAAAAGAUAGUGUAAGACCCUAAUCCCUGUCCUGCUAGUUCAUCCACGUUUGUAGGCACUCGAAUGCUAUGGUUGUGUAGACCCUGUCCUCAAACAGCUGACUGUCCUUGCAUCCUCCCAAAUGAUCCUAUUUGUAGUACUUUUGAUUCCAGUACCUUAACUUCUACAUCUAGCAAAGUAAAUCACAUUAACCAUCUUCUCAAAGCACACCAUAAUAUCAGAUUGCAAACAGCUGCCUUCAUAACCCACUUCCUUCUACCUCAUUUAUGACUAUCACUAUAUAUGCACUACUAUUUCAUCCAAGUUUUGAUUACCUUCAUCAUCACAUGAGUCUUCUCUGUUUCCCUCCCCCUAACUUUAGUUUCUCAAUUCCAGAGUAGUACUUCAUUAAUUGUUUAUCUGAAAGGCUCAUUUCUGUGCCUCUAGUUACUUUUCCAUAUCACUAACUGCCACCACCAAGAGUCCAUCUUAUCAUGCUUUAUAGUAAUGCUAGAUUUAAUGCUAAACCCAUUCAAUUUAUUCUGAGGAGUUGCUCAUUCAUUUUGUAUGUAACGAGUUGGAAUGUAGCUACAGCAGGAAACUGGCAGCAAGUGAGGGCUGUGGACAGGUAGAAACAGUUGGGACAGGUAAAUCAUCCUGUUUUGUACAUAGGUAAAUUAAGGUUUCAUUAUCCUUGUGCUUGAAGUGUUGAGUGAGAUCUUUUUUAGCAAUCAAGUUUUACACACUGAACAUUGUGUAACAGAUAUAUUUUGUAAGGCAUUUCCCUAACCCCAAGAUGUGUCCAGCAUGUGCUGAUUACUGUAGCACCCAAUCACCCCACCCACGAGCACAGUGCUAUUGUAUGCAAUUUUAGUCUAUCCCAGAAUUUGAUACAAGGAUGUGAUUCUAAUAAUAAAAAGCUUAAGUUUUAA